ACAGUAUUGUAUAAAUUAACACAGAUUUGGGAGCGCGACAUUUAUUGUGCCACCUGUCAGUGUCCAUCAAUGCCACCUGUCAUUGCUCAUCAAUGCCACCUGCCAGUGCCCAUCUGUGCUACAUCAAUGCCACAUAUCAGUGCCUACCAGUGCACAUCAAUGCCACAUAUCAGUGCCCAUCUGAGCUGCCUUUCAGUGUCACCCAUCAGUGCCAGUCAGUGCCACCUAUCAGUGCUGCCAAUCAGUGCCACCUAUCAGUGCCAUGCCACCUACCAGUGCCACCUAUCAGUGUCCAUCAGUGCAGCCUAUCAGUGCCCAUCACUGCAGCCUCAUUAGAAGGAGGAGAAAAAUCACUUAUUUACAAAAGUUUAUGA